AUGAGAAUCCCGCCUGUAGAAGUCAUUCUCAGUUGGCCGACCCCGAACUUCGUCAAUCCAGUAACGAGAGGCCCGGCCAACGAGAUCGUUGCCAUCAUCCUACUGGCCAUCGCCACUGUCAUCCUCUCCAUCCGGAUCUAUACACGACGAUGUAUCACUAAUGGGUUCGGCUGGGACGACAUUCUCGUCGUGCUGGCCUUUAUUCCAGCCACGGGCUUCGUGGUGCUUGGAGUCAUAGCUACGAACAGCUAUGGCUGGGGGCGGCAUGUCUGGGAUGUGCCUACCGAAACUAUUACGGGAUCACUUCAAAUCGGCCUCGCCAGCCAGAUCCUGUUCGACUUGGCAACAAGCUUCACCAAGUUAUCCAUGUUGGCUCUGAUGUACAGAAUCGCGUGUGCAGCAUCGAAUAAGUUGAGAGUGCUCGUAGUAGCACUACAGGUGCUAAUCUCCGUCAACUGCAUCGUCUUUAUGUUGGUAGCUAUGUUGCAGUGCCGGCCUCUCAAGCUCUAUUGGACUCUCUCGUUGGAGCCGCAGAACUGCAUCAACGAAUCCACCCAUCUUCUCGUUGCCGGAACCAUCAAUACCGUCACGGACUUCCUGGUGGUUCUCUUACCCCUCGCCCUCGUACGUAUUGUAUACGCCGACAAGCUCACCUCAAGACAACUUACCAUUGUCAACCUCUUAUUUGGUGCCGGAUUCCUCGCAUGCUUUGCCGGUGUUGCUCGCACAUACUUCACCUGGAUCAUGACUACGGAGCCCGACGCCACAUGGAACGCCUGGAUCAACUGGCUUGUAUCUUGCCUUGAGCUAUUUCUCGGCAUCAUUUGCACCAGUAUUCCCUCUACAAAGCCAUUCUUCAACAAAUACCUUCCCAAGUUCCUCGGCACCAACGCACGCAAAACUCGCGCGACAACGGAGCCAGUACCUACCGACAAGGCCACCACCGGUUCGGCAAGAACCAGCCAGAUGUCAAACGAGCCUACAGUGAAGGAGCUCGACGUAAUUCCCUCAAAGUCCCCUGCAACCAAAAGGUUUAGUGAAGGGACGCUCAACAAGCCGUUACCGGCAGUGAUGAAGAAUCAAUCAGUCUACACUAUCAACAUCCAACUGGACGAAGCCAGUCUAGGCCCCGCGGAUAGGUCUCCCGACAGGAGAAGGGCUCCGAGGGGUCGAACGACGGAAAAGUCGGAAAUGGCCCGGCGCCAAGCCGUCAAUAAUUUCAGCCGUCCAAAGAUUCAACACAUGAGGAGCAACUCAGAGCCCUCAAGUCAGCACCGGCCCAGCUUCAGUGCUGAAGACGGCCGGCCUGACAGCCACCUUACCAAUGCGUCGGGCGAAAGCAGUCGUCAUAGUCAGAUCCUUUACGAAGUUGACGACGUUGUCUAUCGUGAGAGCAUCCGCCAGAGCAUCGACGACCUGGAGGCAGGGAUUCGCUAUGGCACAUACGACCGCAGCAGUUACACCGCCGUACCCGCGCCUCUGCGGAAACACGCGAAAUCGGGAUCUGUCGGUACAUUCGGGGGCUAA